AUGAGCAACUUUUCUUUAACCUUGGUGAGAGAGGAGGCUAGUUUUUCUGUCUGGACGGAACAUAGCGAUCGCAUUCACCCCAAGGAUCUUUCAAGACAUCUCUCGGAUGCAGUCGGUAAAGAACGAUUCAGAAUUUCUUUGCGAAAGAAUAUAUACAUCAUCUACGUCUAUAGGAGACAUUGUAGGAACGAUGAUAAUCGCGACCCAGGGUCCGAUGACGAAGAAGGUUCGAUGGAAUACAGGAUAGGGCCCAAAACAUACCAGGAAAGGCUUCAAGACAUUAAUCUGGCAGAGAAAAAAUUAAGCAGUGAAAGAAUAACAAAGUGGUAA